UCCCACCAAACUUUUAAAUAUUCUAACCCCCAUUAUAUUUCCUCCCCCACAUUACCCUUUUAUCAAUUCAGAUCGAUCUAGAUCCCAAAACAUAUAUAGAUAGAGAAUUGAAACCUAAACCUAGAUCAUCAUCAUCAUCAUCAUCUAGCUAGUUUCAAGUCUCUUGGCUCGAUCAACAUGUCGAUCAAAUCCAAAACCCAUAACCACCCCAUGAUCACCUUAAAACUCACCCUCAUUUGUCUCUUCUUCCUCUUCCUCAUCUUCUUACUACUAAGAUCCAACUUCACAACCUCUUCUUUCAUCUCAUCUUCAACUUCACGAACCUCGAAUAAGGAUUCUCAAUCUCAAACCAACGAUUAUCAAACAUGCAACAAGAUCCCGCCUUCGCUAUCAACUGCCUUACUCCAUUACGCUACCUCAAAAAUAACCCCACAACAAACAUACCAAGAAAUCUCGGUAACUUUAAGAAUUCUCCAACGUAAAUCCCCAUGCAACUUCCUCAUAUUCGGCCUCGGCUACGACAGUCUCAUGUGGGCUUCUUUAAACCACGGAGGACGAACAGUUUUCCUCGAAGAAGACUUAUCAUGGAUCAACCAGAUUCAAAAGAAAUUCCCUACACUCGAGUCCAAACACGUCAAGUACAACACAAAGUUAACCGAGGCCGACAGGUUAUUCGAGGUUGGUUCGGAACAUGAGUUAUGUAAGGUUGUUGGGGAUCCUAGGACUUCAAAGUGUGAGCUCGUGAUGAAAGGGAUGCCGGAUGAGAUCUAUGAUGUCGAGUGGGAUUUGAUCAUGGUUGAUGCGCCGACGGGAUGGCAUGAUGCGACGCCGGGAAGGAUGUCGGCGAUUUAUACGGCGGGGCUUAUGGGGAGGAAUAGAGAGGAAGGUGAAACAGACGUGUUUGUUCAUGAUGUGAAUAGACCGGUUGAAGAUAGAUUCUCGACCGGGUUUUUAUGUCAAAGUUAUCUUACUGAACAGGUUGGGAGGAUUAGGCAUUUUACUGUUCCUAGUCAUAGAGUACUUAGUAAACCGGCCUUUUGCCCUUGAAUCAUUCUUAUAUUUUAUUUCAAAAGUUUAUUUUUCAACUUUUUUUUUUCUAUCAAUAAUAUUUGUUGGGAUGUAAACUGUCAUGAUUCUUAAUAUUGUUUAUUUCUUUUCUUUUAUUAAAUGAUUAUAUAAGAUUUCAUAUA